UAUUAUCGGCAAGUGUAUCUGGGUAGUGAACUUUACACUCCCGUGUGUGCAUAGCACACGAUCCUAUCGCAACGUAGUCUUUGACUAGAGCGGAUGCAUCAAAGGUGUGGAAGACUAAAGAAAAACGAGCGGUACAUCGCGUCUCUAUAUUAUAGUGAAUCCAUAAUAAAUUGUGCAAAAUGUCGUCGCUGUCUAUCCUUGCAGUUAUCUCGGCGGUGAUGCUACGAGUCAUCGCCGAUGACAACGUUGGCACACCGGUACCAGAGAAUCAUAUACAUUCUCAUCUUGAUCCAACACUGUUUGGGGAUCAUGAUGAUGGAACACACGGAACUGGGACUGUUCGCAAUGAACCAGUGCCCGCAACACCACCAGGAACCCCGUUACGCAAUGAUCAACCGCCACCUUCGGGUGGUGGUAAGAAAGUCUCGGUUACAGAAAUUAGUUUUGAUAGCCUGAUAGAUGACUUAGUGUGGUGUGGUAAUGAUCACAAAACCGUCCUCCUAAAGACACAAAGUGGUAGAUUAUACCGAUCGGCUGAUGGCGGGAAACAGUGGAGCGAAAUCACACAUCUAUUCCAAGGAACUGCUCGGAACGGAAAUUACAGAGUCGAUUCUAUUGUUUUAUGCGAAACUGAUAGAAACGUUGUUGUCAUCGUUGGUGAUUCUAGAAAUCACUUUAUAUCGGGGAAUGCUGGGCAGUCUUUCCAGCCAAUUGCGUAUGAAGGUCCUGUAAAUAUGUGGGUUUUUCACCCUUCUAAGCCGUCGUGGGCAUUACUCAGCUCUUGGGAAGGCGCAUGCUUUGCAAGUGACAAUGAUGAAGAUUGUGUCCACUCAGUGUUUGUUACUAGAGAUAUGGGACGCUCUUUCCAACGUGUAUCCAAAUAUGUUGCGCAAUUUAGCUGGGGAGAUGUGGCAUCUAGAUCUGAAGAUCGAAUUUACUACAGUAGAUAUGCUCUAGAAUCAGGCGAUCAGCCUAAACAAGAUGGUUGGAACAAUAACAUCAGCUUCAUGUACACAGACGACUUCGGGAAUGAAAAUGUUCUCAUUAUGGAAGGAGGUAACAAGUUUCUGGUAUCGGGCAUUUAUGUGUUCGUUGCUAGAGUGUCCGAUCCCAUAAGACAAACGGUAAAUCUUUACGUGAGUACAGAUAAUGCGGAGACAUUUGAUAGGGCCCAGUUACCAGUUGAAUUGGAAGAACGCAGUUAUACGAUUCUGGACACUUCUCAAGGUGCAGUAAUAAUACAUGUUGGCCAUGAAUACGAGGGAGGUGAUGUAGAAGUUGGUAACGUCUACAUAUCCGAUGCAUCGGGAUUGAGAUAUUCCUUAUCCCUACCUAAUAAUAUUAGGGCUGCUUCAGGGGAAUGUGAAUUUGAUAAGGUAUAUUCCCUUGAGGGUGUGUAUCUAGCGAACUUCAGGGAUGACUCCGGUGGUGUCCUCAAUCCAAGGAAUAAAUUCAAGACGCAUAUUGACGGCACUAAAACUCAGCUGGACCAAAAACGUGGCAGGCAUGUUGCUCAUACAAAAAUCGAACCAGAUAUACGAACUGUGGUGUCCUUCAACAAAGGGGCGGAGUGGCAUUAUUUACAACCACCUAAACUGGAUUCUGAAGGCAAACCAUAUGAUUGCGAAGAGGGGAAAUGUUUCCUUCAUUUGCAUGGUAUAACGCAGUACAAAAAUUUUGCUCCUUUCUACUCCGUUGAACAUGCUACUGGAUUGGUCCUCGCUACGGGUAAUGUAGGAGCUCGUUUGCGAUUUGAUCCAUCCCAAGUCAACACUUUCCUGAGCCGUGAUGGUGGUUUGACAUGGGUAGAAGCUCAUAAAGGAGCAUUCAUAUACGAAUUUGGAGAUUACGGUGGUCUUAUUGUCAUGGCAGAGGAUCAACGUAAAACUAAAGAAGUUGUGUUUUCGUGGAACGAGGGUGCCACCUGGUUCGAUUUCAAUCUCAGCAAGCAUGAGCUUAAUGUCAAUAAUGUGGUUAUUGAACCCAAUUGUUCUUCCCUUAACUUUAUUUUAUAUGGGAACAGAAAUGGUAUCGGUGUAGCAUUUCACUUGGACUUCAGUGCCUUGGGGCAGCCCUUGUGUAAGGGUAUCUGGAGCAUUGAUUCUACUUCAAGUGAUUAUGAAACUUGGCGUCCAACUGAUCCUCAUGGUAAUCAGUGUCUUCUUGGGCGUAAAAUGGCAUAUAAACGACGCAAACAGGCUUCUGAGUGUUUCAAUGGUAAGGAAUUCAAAGCAACUGUAGAACGAGAAGUUUGCCCUUGUACCCCGGAUGAUUAUGAAUGUGAAAUAGGUUUCACGCGUUCCAUUGGUAGUAAUACGUGCCGCGUCGAUGGAACAUGGCUUAUGCGUGAGGGAUGUACAUCAUCUAGCUUCUUCUGGACCGAUGCCUAUCGUAAGAUACCUGGAGAUGUCUGUACAUCCGGGUGGAUUCCUCAUCAAGUGGCCGUACCGUGUCCACCACACUCCCCUCUCUCAAAUGGUAGUAAGAUGGUACUGACAACCAUUCUGGUCCUUUCGUUCAUAAUGUUGGCGAUUGUCUACAUCUCCCAUAAUGAGAAUCUGAAGCAUCUAUUCCACAACUAUGGAUUCAAGCAAUUUAGUUAUGUUGCAUAUACACCAGUGAACUCUAAAAAGCCCAUGUAUCGUGGAGCGGGAGGACGAUUUGAACCUGAACUGGGCUUCAUCGAUGCUGAACAGGAACAUGAUGAGCCAACACUUCUGAACUAUUUAAGCGGUAAUCGCAUGGGUGGUAAUUCACAUCAACAGCCCACCAAACAAGAUCAGCAGCAAAUCGAACUACUGUAAAAAUUAUAAGGCAAGUAAAA